GAAACAACUGUGGAGGCUAUCCAAAAGCUCGAGGAAAAAAUGGUCAGAGAGCUCAAUGUCCUUAGAGGACUUUUAGGUUUAUCAGUGAGUAAGAACUGUGCCGAGGUGUACAAAUCUGGUGGAAUAACCAGCGGUGUUUACAGAAUCAAACCGGAUGGUGCUAGACCUGACUUUGAAGUGUUUUGUGAUCAAAAAACUACUAACGGGGGAUGGACAGUGGUCCAAAAGAGGCUGGAUGGCUCUGUUCUUUUCGAUCGCGGCUGGUCUGACUACAAGAAUGGCUUUGGUAACCUUGAUGGCGAGUUUUGGCUCGGACUGGAAAAAAUACACCAUUUGACAAAAUCCCCUAGCAAGCUUCGAGUCGAUCUGGAAGAUUUUGACGGCGAAACUUCUUACGCCGAGUACGACUUAAUUGUGGUAGCGACUGAAAGGAAGAAGUACCAGUUAAGCGUUGGGAAAUAUUCAGGAAGAGCUGGCGACUCCCUUACUCAACAUCACGGCUAUCCCUUUUCAACCAAGGAUCGGGACCAUGACAGUCAUAGCAGUAACUGUGCUGAGAAAUAUAAAGGAGGCUGGUGGCAUAUUGACUGUUAUUACUCAAACCUGAAUGGUGUCUAUCGUCAUGGAGGGGACUCAGCUACUACUUUUGGAAUCAGAUGGAAUAGCUGGAAAGGAAAGCCCCAGUCUAUGAAGAGGGCUGAGAUGAAAAUCAGACCAGUGAAGGUUUAGAGCAUAUAUGCUGGCUUACUCAAAGAAAUAACAUUUUAAAACGAAUUUUGAUUGUAGUUCUAGUUACACGGUAUGAUCUGGGUACGAGAUAAACUUUGAUUACUUAUGCAUUAAUUACUUUGUAUUUGAUCACCGGAAAUGCCCUACGAAAAACGCCGGAAAUGGCAUUUCCAAGACCCUGUGUCUAAAACUUUCUGAGAGAGCACGUCCCCUAACCCCCGUAAUUUGGAGCACCUUCGCCGUUCAAUAUUUUCUGCUCGUUCAUACACCUUCAGAAUCUCACGCUACGCCCCUAGUUAUAAAAAAGAGGUUUUUAAAAAAUUUUUGAAGAAGUCUGAAUAAGUAUGCAAUGUGAUUAUCAGCCGAACAAAGUAAACAAUAAUACUCCACCAGCGCUUAACCCUUCAACCCCUAAAAGUGACCAGCAUCUAAGUUCUCCUUACAACAUCAGCUAUGAAUCACUCGUCAAGGUCCAAAAUAAAAGAAAUGAUCACCAACUGAAGAAGCUCUUGAUUGUUAAACAAAUUCUCCCUGUCAGCACCUUAGGAAAUGUAAAGAGAAUAGUAUGGAGAAUAUGCAUACUGAUGUUAGGGUGUAAAGGAUUUAACUGAACGGUUAAAGAUGCUAAGUUUGUCAGAUGUGAUAUAUUGUUACCGACUAUAAUAA